AUGGUUUUAAGUUCAUACUCGAACUGGGAAAAUGAUUUCCAGAGUGUUAACAGUGAAACUGUUCAAAUUGAUCAACAACAAUACCGGGAUCCAUUUGAGCUGCCUUUUGGUUUCAUUGAUCCUUACAUUGAACUAAACAGCAGUUUUCUUCAUCCCGAAAGCUACACUACUUUACUUCCCGUUGACCCUUUGAUUCCCUUGCCGCCUGAAACCACCUCGUACGAGAACUUCAUCUCUUUCCCAUGCCCUAAACGCCAGAAACUCAUCGAGGAUCAGUGUUUGAUGCUCGGUUUCUUUGACGCGGUUGAUCCACACUCAUGUCCGGUACUUGAAGACAAUCGUCAUCAAAUUCAAACAAUGAAUCAGGUUAACUGUGAGAACAACGGCGUAGGCGACCAAAAGUGCGUGUCGGUGCAAAGCGUCGCGGCGAGGGAGAGGAGGAGGAAGAUAACCAAGAAGACUCAAGAGCUUGGGAAGCUUGUGCCCGGUGGGACUAAGAUGAACACUGCUGAAAUGCUUCAAGCUGCUUUCAAAUAUGUCAAGUUCUUGCAAGCUCAACUCGGAAUCCUUCAACUCAUGAACUCGUUCUCGAAAAAUGGAGAGAAUUGCAAGGAAAAUGAAAGCCUGCAGAUUUUAACAUCUGCCAAGGUUCUAGAAAAGCUUUACAUUGAAGAGAAGUGCUUGGUUCCAAAGGAUUUUGUUCUGUCUUUGACAACAAUUUCAAAGCCUCCGGUCUCCGAUGAACUCACUCGCCUUUUAUGAUCUUCAGCUUGGUUAGCUCAGCUACUCGCGACUGAAU